UUUUGACUUGAUUCUCGAUUUGUCCACUCUUCCUUUUUUUUUUUGUUCCCCCAUACAACAAAUGUCCAAGUCGAGCGAUGCUCCGCCGUCGUACGAUGACAUUGCCCGCGCGCCGCUGUACGACGAUGUAGUCAGCAGCUCGCGCUCGGCCGCUCCUGCUGCGCACGGCGCUCACGGCGGUGGCAACGAUGGCGUCGUCAACCUCGGCGCGCCACGACAGCCGUUCGGCUAUGGAUACCUGCCGGCCGGGGCUCAGCCAGGCGCUGGUCCUGCCUCUUCUUCAGCGCCAAGCGCAAGCGCGCCCAUCUACUCGUCUCCCUCCGACGCGGCGGAUGGUCCGAUCUAUGCCACACCUGCAAACCCAAACGCACUCUACGCGGCCGCUGCGCCUGACACGAGCUACGCCAUGCCGCAGCAGUUUGCAAACAAUCCGGCUGGGCUGUAUGACAAUCCGCCGCCGACAGGUGGUGCCGCCAGCUCGGCUCCAAGCGCGCCAGGAUCGUAUGACAACCCGCCGUCUCGACUGUCGGCCAAAGGCGCGCCAGAGGCAUCCGCUCCGAUCUACGACGUCCCCAACGAGAAGCAGCGCAUUGUCAGCGCUGCCAACAACCAGGCCGGCCCACCGCCGUUCCAACCGCCGCAACCGCAAGCUCCAGUCGUCUCUGCGCGCUCGUCCUAUGGCGGAGAGCCCGCUGCUGCCCAGCCCAUGAUGUCGCGACAGGGCUCGUCCUAUGGUGGAGCGCCCCCGGGUCAUGCAGCGAGUCCCGUUCCUGCAGCGGUCGUUCUCAACCGUCCCGUCCAGGGCAUGUUCACUGCGCCGACGCUGACCAUGCCAAACUUCCCUCCCACGCAAGGCCAGGAGCACACCCCGCUGCCUUCGCAACUGACGCGCGUCCCGGUCCUGAUGAACUUGGAGGUGCCCGAAGGCCCCACCGCGUACGCCUCCACCAUGCGCUGGCACAUCUCGCCAUCCUACGAGCGCCGAAUGGCCGUGAAGACAGUCUCCUGCUCCAACAUUCCGUCCAAGAUUGGCGAAAAGCUUCCAAACACGUACGUUGUCAUUACCCACGGCGGCCCCUUCUCCACUCCAGUGGAAUCCGACGUCGUCAAGAAAAGCAACGUUGCGGCUUAUGGCUUGAAAAACCCGCACUCCUUUAUUGUGCCUGCUUCGGGCUACGCGCCAUUCAUCGUCUCAUUGCGCUUGCGUCGCACCGUGCUCGGCGACGUCCAAAUCGCAACCUUUACCCUUCCGGAGGCGCUGCAGUACGCGUCGGACGGCGCGUUGGUCGGCCCGCAUUCCUUCCCAAUGCAACUGGAUCCCGCUUACAGCAGCAAGUGCGCUCCAGGCACACCACCACCGAUCGUCAAGCUGACGUGGACGCUCACACCACCCGUACUGGGCUCGUUUGAGUUGAGCUUUGCACGCGUGCCUGGCGCUGCUCCCCGCUACCAGAUUGUGGACAACAACAAGGCCGUCUUGUUCCAGCUGGUGCAAGGAAACGCUUCAAGCUCGUUCAUUCUGCUGGACUUUUCAGGCGUUCCCAUCUUGCAAAUCUUCCGCCACUCGCUCAUCAUGAUUGGCCAAAACGAUAACAUCCCCUUCGCGACCGUGCUUGCCAUGAACUCUUCUCCGCUUGCCAACGUCACAAAGCUUGGCAUCAACCCGCUCGAUCACACAGGCCGUCCGUUGCCGUUUAUUGCAGCCCGUCCGUCCUCUGCCCCGACGUUCAACAUGGAGUUGACCCGUGUUAGCAACCGAGACCUGGUGGCUCACUAUGCUUACGGCGAUGGCGCUCAAGGCCACAUGAGUAUCCGCCCCACCGAAGACGUGCCUUGCAUCGUCGCCAGUAUUUUGGCCUCGGCCGUUUUCCGAUACGAUACAUCAUACAAUAUUGGCAACUCUUAUACCCUGUAAUUGACAUCCGUGUCUUGUUUCUUGCUCUCGUCGGACUCGGCAAUCCGAUUCGCUGUUUCUUUCAAAAGAAACGACUGUUUUUUGGUUUGGAAAUUUUGUCUGGUCUAUUUUGCUGCAUUGCAAACGUGGCAGACAGAUGAUUUUGCUUUGUGUUUCAUGUCACGUAUACAUUGUCUAAUUGUUUGCUGUAGUGUACAAAUGAAUCUUUUACGUCUGA